GCUGUGGCUGUGACUGGGUCUGUCCUCUGGGUUGUGUUGACUUGCUUCUCUCUGGAUGCUGUGGAAGAGCUGGUGGACAGCUGAGAGCUGCUAGCUCUCUGGUGUUUACAGCCACAGGCUGGAUCUGGGACCUUAUCCACUGACAUCUGGCAAGAUUUUUGGAUGGAGCAAUUGUGAUCUUAUUAACGAUCUCCUCUGAUUAAUUCUCAAAUACCAAAGGCUGGAGAUUUUGGUCCUGGUCCAUGUAUAUAGCACUUACCUCAACUCCACCAGAAAUGAAUGCCAACAGUAUGCCUAAACAAGUGGAGGUGAGGAUGCAUGAGAGUCACCUGGAGCCCAUCGAGGCCAGGCCUCAGUCCAAAUGUGCCAAAAUCUGCUCCAAGAUGUUCAAGAACCUUCUGCUCACACUCACAGUUCUUGGUGUGAUCUUGGGAGCUGUAGCAGGGAUGUUACUUCGUGUUGCCUCCCCGAUCCACCCUGAUAUCGUCAUGGUGAUCGCUUUUCCUGGAGACAUCCUUAUGAGGAUGCUGAAGAUGUUGAUCCUUCCACUCAUCAUCUCCAGUUUAAUCACAGGUCUGGCCGGUUUGGAUGCCAAAUCUAGCGGUCGUCUGGGCACCAGAGCUAUGGUCUACUACAUGUCCACCACUGUCAUUGCUGCUAUCCUGGGUGUCAUCCUGGUGUUAGUCAUUCACCCUGGAAACCCCAAACUGAAGGAGAAUUUGGGCGAGGGUGAGAAGAAUGAUGACGUGUCGAGCUUAGAUGCCUUCUUCGAUCUUAUCAGGAACCUGUUCCCUGAAAAUCUUGUGCAGGCUUGUUUCCAGCAGAUUCAGACGGUUACAAAGAAGGUAGAGGUGGCGGUUGAGGAGGACGUCAACGCCACUGUCGUGGAGGGUCUGGUGGCGAAUAUCACCAAGGAGCCACAGUUCAUCAUCAAAAAGUCCCUGCAGUUUAAGAGUGGCAUGAAUGUUCUGGGUCUGAUUGGUUUCUUUAUUGCAUUUGGCAUCUGCAUGGGCAAGAUGGGAGAGAAGGCCAGACUCAUGAUUGAGUUCUUCAACAUCCUCAAUGAGAUUGUGAUGAAACUUGUCAUCAUGAUCAUGUGGUACUCUCCUUUUGGUAUCGCCUGUCUGAUCUGUGGUAAGAUCAUCUCCAUCAAAGACCUGGAGGUGGUUGCCAGGCAGCUGGGCAUGUACAUGAUCACUGUGAUUGUCGGCCUCAUCAUCCACGGAGCCAUUUUCCUGCCCAGCAUCUACUUUGUUAUUGUCAGGAAAAACCCCUUCACCUUCUUCCUGGGCAUCUUCCAGGCCUGGAUCACUGCUCUGGGGACAGCCUCCAGUGCUGGUACACUGCCUGUCACCUUCCGUUGUCUGGAGGAGAACCUGGGUAUCGACAAAAGAGUCACCCGUUUUGUGCUGCCGGUCGGUGCCACCAUCAACAUGGACGGGACCGCUCUGUAUGAAGCUGUGGCCGCCAUCUUCAUCGCUCAAAUGAACGGCGUCCACCUGGACCCGGGUCAGAUUGUGACUGUCAGUCUGACGGCCACACUAGCCAGUGUUGGAGCUGCCAGUAUUCCCAGUGCCGGUCUGGUGACUAUGCUGCUGAUUCUGACCGCCGUGGGCCUGCCAACCCAAGACAUCAGUCUGCUGGUGGCUGUCGACUGGCUGCUGGACCGAUUUAGGACCUCAGUAAAUGUGGUGGGUGACUCCUACGGUGCAGGCAUCGUGUACCACAUGUCCAAGGCAGAGCUUGAAGAGCUGGAUGCGCACAUGGCUAAAUCUGACGAUAUCGAAAUGAUGACAAAGACCCAGUCUUAUUACGACGACAUGAAGAACCACCACGAAAACAAUUCCAACCAGUGCGUCUUAACCGCUACCGCUACCACAACUGCCUCCGCUACUGCUAACAAUUCUGUCGUAGUAGAUGAAUGCAAGGUAACCUCAGCCACUAACGGCUCUGCUGCGGAGUGCACGCUUGUUGAGGAGGAACCAUGGAAACAUGAAUAAUGGCAGCACAGAGAUCCCCUGCUCCUGGGCUCCACAAGUUUUCCUAUCUGGUGAAAAAAGAGUGAAUGAAAAAAGUCACAUGAACAGAACUACUAAUUUGUUUUUUUGUUGUUUUUUUUUGUAUGUAGUUUAGUUGUCUUUUUUUAUUAGUCCCUUUAAAAGAUUUUGUAACUGUCUAUCUGACUGAUAAAUGUUACUAAUUCACUUAACCGUGAAAUUAUAACAGAGGUAUAUACUUUACCUGUUAGAGCACAACUAUGUCCUAUAUAUAGCAGAUACUUGCACAACAUACUUCAAGGUUAGGAGGGAAGGAACAGAAAUAAGUUGGAUAAGCUAUUACCUAGCAAUACAUCCUGCUUCUACAUGCGUAAGAUGAGAGUGGCUGUGUAUUAUGGGAUGCACCGAGACCAUCUUCUGUUAGAAAUGUGAUUCAUUAACACCCGAGGAUGAGUGGGAGUACGAGAAUUAAUCAUGAAAAACCGACGUAAUGUUUAUAUGGAAUUUCCAAGCUUUACAUCCCAUGAAAAAAAAUCCAUCCACGCCUCUCAUCUAACAAGUUCAGAGCCUUCAAACUGCAUCCGACUGCAUUAUUAGAUCCAAGAAUGUUCAUCAGAAAAAAUAAAAGGCAGGAAGGAAAAUAAAAGUACAGUCACUAUAAAAAUUCUAAAGCACAAUUCACACCAUGGAGCCCUUUUUUUUUUUUUUUUUAAUCCCCACCCCUCGUCUAUUGUAAAAGGAAAAGGGACUUUUUUUUUCUUUGUGUCACCUGUUGACUGAGACAUAAAACUUGUUUGUGUGUCUGUGUGUGGUAUAGAAUGAAGCUGAGUUAAGAACAUGACCAAGUUAAUUAUAGGGACCAAAAGCAGGCAGAAAAUCAAUCAAUCAAACUCAGAGGCCUUUGAACUGCCUCCAUCACAUUUCAAGCGACACAUUUUCUUGAUUUGCGAUCAACAUACUGUAUAUUUCUAACCCGGCUGCCACAACACAGGCUGAUAUUUUUUUCUGAUAAGCUUCGAAAAUUUAAAGCUAAGAAAAUCACUGCCCUGAAAAUCAAAAAGAUUUACUCUUUUUUUAAAGCACGAAGGAAAGUAUACAAUACUUUGCAAUGCCAAUGAAAUUAAACUAAAAUUAGCAUCAAAAUGAAAAUUGUGAUUAAAUCUCAUUAAAAAAAAAAAAAGACAUAUUUCAAUCAAAAAAGUGAAAGAGCACAACAACGAGAGCACAAAACGAGCUGAAAUGCCAAUGAGGUUCAUUUUCAGUCAAUGUCAUGCACAUUAUCCUUCCACGUUGACACUGAUUUUACUCCAACUUAAAAGAAAAAAGA